CGUUCAGGCUCCGGACAUCCCGCCUGUGCAGAGAACAAUCAUCCUCCUGCACAUUCGCGCUUGUUGUGUGUCAGGUGGGCGUGUUUCCAGCUCUCUCAUUGGACCAACACGGUUCUCUUUCCUGCCCGGCUUCCGCUUUCCUUUCAUCCCCACGCCCAGCCUCUGAAUAAUGAUAAUAAAGAUCAAGAUGGCUACUUCAGAAGCCUCCUUGCGGUAGCUAAGCUCCACUCUCAUGGAAGCACUGAAAGCUGGUAUUUGUCAGUGUUUGAGUGGCUCCUAGCUGCCGGGGGCUCUGCCGGGGACUCUACUUCAUGGAUUAACGCCGGCUGGGAGGAGAUAAAGUCACCGUGUUGUCCUGGAGCUCUCAGUCUGAGAGAAGCGAGCUAGCAGAGCAGCUAAAGCGAGCUACUAGUCCACCAUCUCCAGGUUGUCGCAGCCAGGCGGCGGCUCGUUGUUACCCGGGAGACGAGACGUUCGGACGGAGAGCGUCGUCAUGGCAGAGCCGAGGAAAGUCCCGUUCGUCACCAUCUCAUCCUUCAACACCACCACCUCCACCUCGCUGCUGCCGACGACCACCACGCCGGAGUCCAGCAAGAAGCGCCGCCGAGAAGAUGAGGCCGUCGAGAUCACUUUUGGGAAAGAUGGAGGAGGUGGUGGUGGAGGUGGAGGUGGAGGAGGUGGUGGAAGUGCCGUGGUGGUGUCAGGAGGUGGAGGUGGAGGUGGAGGUGGUGGUGGGGGUUUGUUUGGGAACGUGAACGCGGCAGGAGGCGACGCAGAGACCGGGGAGGUGAAGCCGACCGUCCGCCUCAACCUCCCGCUGUCCGAGCCCAAUGAGCGGGGGUCCUCUGAGUUCAACUACGGAGAGCUGGUCAACACAACAACCACAACCAGCACCACUACUACUACUACUACUACUACUACUCAGGUAAAGCAUGCAUGUUCAACAGUCCCUAAAGGACUCGCUCCUCCCCUGGACCCCAACGACCCCUUUGCUGAUGAUGACCGAGAGAGACGGGAGGUAGAAGCGCUGGCCAAGAAGUUUGACAACAAAUAUGGUGGUGUCCCAAAGAAGAAGAAAAAGGACAGGAUGCAGGACCUCAUUGACAUCGGCUAUGGCUACGAUGAGACUGACCCUUUCAUAGACAACUCAGAGGCUUAUGACGAGCUGGUGCCGGCCUCUCUCACCACAAAACACGGAGGCUUCUACAUCAACACGGGCACUCUGCAGUUCAGAGCAGCAUCUGACUCUGAGGGAGAAAACGCAGGCACGGAGGAUAAUCGCUUCAAGAAGAUGAAAGAUGGUGAGGAGCGGGUGAUAAAGAAACGUCGGAAAAAGCCAGAUGGUGGAAUUCUAGAGGACAAGAAACCCAGGAAGAAUAAAGUACCAAAGCCCGGAGUUUCAGCCCUGAAUGUUCAUCGGCCAGAAAAGAAAAAGAGGAAGAAGCUGAUGAAAGAUUCUCUCCACCUGGCCAACAUGCUGCGUCGCUUCACCAGGGAGAAAGAAGAGAUGCGCAAGAAGCACAUGAAUGUUGGCGGUCUGCCGCGUCCCGGUCUGCCACGUCCCGUCGCCAAAGUGCCCAACGCCAACAGUGCGCUCCUCAACGCCCAGUCCAAGGCCGCUGGCGGCAUCGAAAGCAACAUGGCCGACCUGGCCGCCGACCCAACCGUGAUGUCGCUGCUCGGCUCGGCCAACAACGACAUACUGCAGGACAUGAUGGGCGACCUGGACUUCGGGAUGCUGGACUCUCCUCAGCCCUCCAGUCCUCUCCAGGGAGAGAACGGCGCCUUCGGGAUGGCACAUAAAGCAGGCGCUAGCAGAGUGUCACAGGGUACUGUGAUAGCCCCUCCUCCUCUGCCCAGUGGACUCCCAGCACCACUCACAAAGCGCAUCGAAGACCUGAGAGCGGCGUCCCGUCUGUUUGACGCAGAGGGCAGGAAGAAGUUCUUCACACUGGAUAUGAACAAUAUCCUGCUGGAUAUUGAGUUGCAGGUUCAGGAGCAGCCUUCGGAGGUGCGUUCGGUCGUCUACUCUCACCUGGAGGCCUUUGUGCCCUGCAAUAAAGAAGCUCUGCUCAAACGCCUUAAGAAGCUCAGCCUCAACAUACAGGAUGACCGUCUUCGAACGCCCCUGCUGAAGCUGAAGCUGGCAGUGUGCAGUGUGAUGCCGGAGCAGAUUGCUCGAUACAACAUGGACUGCAUCGCUAAAGUGGCAAAGCAGCAGUCUGAGGAGGGAGAGAAGAACGGGUCAGAGGAUGAUGAUGAGGAGAAACCAGGGAAGAGGGUGAUGGGCCCUCGGAAGAAGUUUGUCUGGGACGACAAACUCAGGUUAUUGCUGUGUAACCUGGUGCGGGUGAAGCUGGGCUGCUAUGAGCUGGAGGGCAAGAACACGCUGUCUCUAGAAGACUACCUCAAAGCCUUCAUGGAGACUGAAGUUAAACUUCUCUGGCCUAAAGGCUGGAUGCAGGCCAGGAUGCUGUUCAAAGAGAGCAUCAUGGCUCACGGUCACCUCACAGGCUACACAGCAAAGAAAAGGAUGGUCAGUACUCCCAAGGCCAAGCCAAAGGAGGCUGUGUGGGUUCAGCGGUCCACGCCUUCAGCAGGUGCUACUCCCUCCCCUGCAUCCCAGGUUGCCAAGCGACCACCUCAGUCAUCGUCUGAGCCCAUAUGCCUGGAUUCCCUCGACGAGGACCUGACGGCUCCCUCCUUGGACUCCAUCUCCCAGGCCCUGGCCAUCCUCGGCAACGCAGCCAAGGGCCUGGCCCACGGGGACAACCCCCCGUCCCCGGACGGACCCAAGACUGUCGCCAAGCCCUCCUCGCUCCACGCCUCGCCACUCAUCCAGCAGCAGAAAAAGAACUCUGCCAGCUCUCCCAGCUCCAACGCACCUCACUACAUCUCUACCUCUUCGUCUAUCUCCACCUCUAUGUCUCGGCCUCUCUCCAUCACGUCCGCUCCUCUGCCCUCAGUGAGGGUGGACGGGAUGGGGGUCGUAAAGGGCGCGGUGCAGGCGCACAGACACUCGGUGUUGAACACUCAGAGGACUUUGGCUGUGGGCGUGGCUAAAGCCAACAUGCCUGCCUCGGCGUCGUCGCCUAAACCACGUCCACCGCCCACCGCGUCUCCGCUCGUGGCCCCAGGAUCAAAGACCGGGGUCUCCAUUCCCACUUCUGGCCUUCUCAAAGGCAGCAAUAAUAAAGUCCUCAGUGGCGACACUCUCAUCAUCACGUCGCCUCAUCCUCGGCCACACACCCUCAUAUCCUCCUCACACAUGAUCCCCAAAACCUUCCAGACGCCGCGCCUGACCCAGACCCCCCAGAGUAAAUCCUCCCCCUCCCUCUCUCAGACUCUCGCUGGAGUUCAGUCCCGGCCGCAGUCCAACUUCAUCACCCCUAUGCACGCCACUCUCACCAAGUCCACCCACAGCAGCAUCGUCAAACUCACUCCCCGCACCCUCAACCCCGUUGUGACCACGACCACCUCAGCCUCACCCUCCAUCUCUCAAAGCCCCCGGUCUCAGGCAACACCCCCACUACACCAGUACUCCGCCAAAAGCCCAGCAGGGUUCCGCCCGCAGUUCUCAGGUGCCCAAGGAGGAAUAACCAAGCCGGGGCAAGGCAGCUACACUCCUCCAGGCAGCCAGAAGACCUCCAACAACAACAGCACCACCAACACUAGCCUUAUUAACACCAUAUCCAUAAGCAAGCAUUCAGGAUCCAGUGCCUCCCCCACAAUAGUCUCUGCCAUCGCAGGUCAGCGUCAGAGGCUGGGGGGCGGGACAGCUCAGGGGGUCAAGCCAGUCGUGUCUGUCACAUCGUCAUCUGUCUCUUCUCAGUUGCCACAGGUCUCCACAGCAGGUAGCAGUCUGCUUGGCUCAGCCUCGUCUCUUCCCAUGGGGUUCGGGAUGCUCGGGGGCCUGGUGCCCGUAUCCCUGCCAUUCCAGUUCCCCUCGCUGCUAAGCCUGCCUCAACUCGGUACAGCAGGCUCCAGUACAGCAGCCGGCGGCUCUGCGGCCAGUAGCAAUGCAUCGUUCUCUACCCUGACCCAGAAUCUGUAUAAGAGUCUCGCGUCAGGGUCUCAGGUUGCUCUGCCUCCUCACUUGCAGCUCGCUUUCUCAGAUGUCAGUCAAAACCAGGGAGGAGAUGCUAAGAGGAAGACUCUAUGAUACAGCUGGAUUUCGACGCCCAGGGGAUGCCGUCUAAUGAAACGACCACGAGAUGGGAAAAAAUCAGGAUGGAGCGUGACUAAGGGCGACCACUCAUAGGGGUCUGAAACGAGGACUGGGUUACACUUACUUGAUCCCUAAAAGAUCAGCUCAAACAUUUUCAUGAAUACCACAAGUUAAAUAUAACUUUUUUUAAAUGAUUUGAUAACUUUUAAAUACUAUUCUUCAUAGAAUUGUUAAAAUGACAAAUACAGUUUGUCAAUGUUUACAACAUAGACCUAUAUCACUGUGGACAGGGAGAAGGAAUGAAUGGGAUUUUUAGGUGUGCGUGUGUUCGUGAGGGUUUGAAUGCGUUUGGUAGCUGGGAUUGAACGUGUGCCUUUUUGUAUGCCUCCCUCUCUGAUGCAUGGUCAGUGUGUCUAUUUGGUGCUGUUUUUAUCAUAAUGUAAUUAUCACUGAUACCUGUAAGAAAUGUAAACUGCAAAUAGAAUAAGUUUUUUUUUUUUUUUUUUUUUCCAAUGAGAGCUGUACACUUUUUCAUUGUACUUGAAUUCUUGAAUGAAUUCGUUUGUGUAUAGAACUCAAGCCUACUUUUAAUUAAAAUCUUUCCCUUCACAAUGGA